UCAAAAUGCUCCACCCUAGUCCGCAACUACCAAUUUAUUGAUUUUCAAAUAAACUGGAGUAAUAUGUGAACUCAUAGUACCUACAUUAACAACGAAACGAUCUCAAAAAGCGACGAACGAACGAAUCUCAAAAUGUUUUCGAAACUGUACACGAUGUGCCAAAUGUUUUGGAACAACAUGUACUAUUUAUUUUCGUUUAUAAACCUUUUAAUUAUUUAUGUACAUUUAGUUUUGCCCUUUGGUCUGGAUGUCGGCUUGGCCUUUGCUGCGAUGUAUUACAUCACCGCCCUGGAACGUCCUGAUAAAGAGAGGGUACAGAAAAUUUUUGGACACGACCCCUGGAGUAAGGAAGAGGUUAAAAAUUCUGAGGAAGUGGUGCAUUGCAUCGCUCACCGAGGAGCUGCACUUGACGCGCCGGAGAACACAAUCGAAGCAUUUAAAUAUUGCGUUGAACAAAACUGCAAGUUCGUCGAGAUGGACGUGCGUUCGUUGCGAGACGGACAGCUGGUGCUGCUGCACGACGAGGGUCUGCAGCGUCUGACUGGAACCACGAUCAACAACGUGCAGUGCGUCGACUGGGACGCCAUAAAGGAUUACAACGUGGCCGCCAAUCAUCCGAACAGGGAGCAUUUCAAAGAUGUGCGCCUGUGUCUCUUCGAGGAUGCACUGGACUAUUUGCUCGAGAAUAAAUUUAAAAUGAUUAUCGACGUCAAAGGCGUAGAUCAAGAGGUGAUAUCCGGUGUCCUGGACGCGUUCGCCUCCCGACCGGCUCUGUACGAGUCCGCAGCCGUGACCUGCUUCAAUCCUUACCCGCUGUACCUGAUCCGUAAAACCGAUCCGAAAAUCGUUGGAGCUUUAAGCUAUCGUCCGUAUUGCUUUAGCGCGCAGGAUUAUGACGCCGAGAAUGGGCCAACGAAUCCUAGGUUCCCUGACAGCGUCGUGCACCGGGUCGCGAUGCGUGCGUGCGACGCGCUCCACGGGGUCGCGUGGCGGCGGCUCGCCCGCUGGUGCGGGGUCAGCGCCGUGCUCCUGCACAAGGACAUUGUCAGCCCGAGCGAGGUGGAGUAUUGGCGCGGGCUGGGCGUGCGGUGCGUCGGCUGGGCGGUGAACCGGCCCGUCGAGAAGCUGUACUGGCGCGGCGUGCUGAGGGCCGCCUACCUCGCGAGCACGCUGCUCGGCGAGCCGGCCGUGGAGAAACAGAGCAAAGAUAAGACCAGCUCUGACUGCGCAGCCUCUUCACCCGAACAAAUGCUGGACCCGGAACAGACUGAGCAGAAUGUAUCAUCUGGACGAAAUUAAUACCAAAAACAUAACUUAUCCAAUCACUAACCCUAUUAAUAAUUUUAUUUAUAAACGAUUUUCUAGAUCCAUUGCCCCCAUUAAAUAAUAAACCCUAUCUUAAACCAAUUCCCUAUAUUUAUUUAUAAACUCUGCAUUAAAUUCAUUCAGGAUAUUUAUUUAUUAACCUUGUUCUAAAACCUUCAUCUUUUAAUUUUUUAUAAUAUUUUGAGUAACAUCAUUUUGAUGAUAUUAAAUCAACUAUAUUCAUUAUAUAACUUAAUAUACCAAAUAUAUAAAAAAAAUUUAGAUAAAAGGUGUCUUUGGACACUUGUGUGUUAGAAAUAGUGUUAAUGAAAAGAAGUUUAUUCGUCACAUAUGUUUGGUGUUUAAUAUCAAUUUUGAUUGAAUUAGGAUUGGUAACGUACCUUUGAGGUUUGAGACUGAAAUCGUUGAGGGUUUGAGGCUGAAUGAGAUUACAAGGUGCGUUCUUAGAAAUAGCAAUUAAGGUACAUAAUAUAUAAAUUAAAUAUAUAAUUGCAUUCAAUAUUUCAAGGUGUGAUUCUUUGGAACUGUGAGUUUUUAUUUUUGGAUUUUUUAAUAUAGUUUUUUACAUAAAAUUGCCCUAUAAUAAUGCAUUUGCUAUUGCAUUUUUUUAUUAUAAUAUAUUGGUUGUCUGUUUUCAUAGAUACAAUUAAUACUACUUAUACAGGUUUGUUUGCAUGUUUAUUAUUGUCAAUACAUUAUUUGAGUCGUCUAUUAUCAAAGGUGGCAAUCUGUGCAUUUGGACAAAAAAAAUGAUAAUGAUAUGUCAAUACAGAUUGAUUUGAAUA